AUGAAUUCACUGUUCUACACCUUUGGCAUUCUAAUAUUCGGAAUUCAUUGCUGUGAUGGCAGCAAAUGCGGUCUCAAAAAAGAUGUGAAUCCAUUCAUGCGGAUCAUCGGAGGAGAUGUACCUGGACAAAAUUCGUGGCCAUGGCAAGCCCUAUUCAUAACGUUGAACGACGAUGGAAUCGGUUUAAUGUGUGGUGCAACGUUGAUCACUAAUCAAUGGUUAUUGACUGCAGCGCAUUGUGCACAGUCUGUUUGA